GAGCAAUAGAUAAGACAGUGAUAACAGAAACACUACCUCUCUUUUAUCUCCCAAGUUAAGUUGAGAAACAAUGUGCGCGGCUGUUUUAUUUAGUAUUAGUAUUGUUGUGACCUGUUUAAAUAUACAGUUCGGAUUAUCACAGAAGGAACUGACAACAUCCUCGGUAUGCAGUGAUAAACUAGAGAACUGCUCUCAGUUUGGGAAAACUUCCUGUCGGGCACCUUACGAGGAAUGGGCACGUGACAAUUGCGCUCUUUACUGUGGAUUCUGCAGAGGACCCCCUACCACCCCUGUUCCUUGUGUUGACAAACAGACGAAUUGUCAGGAUUAUGGGGAAAAUGUAUGUAGUGAUCCGAAAUAUUCUGCGUGGGUUCUCGACAACUGCCGCUACUCCUGUCGACAGUGUUCUUCUGAGCAGUUGGCUAUUGCAGACUCGAAAACCACCACUCCACCACCUCCCCCGUGUGUAGAUACAUUAGAAAACUGUGAUAGAUACCCAAGAAGCGUUUGCAGUGAUCCGAAGUAUGCUCCUUGGGCCAACGCCAACUGCCGCUAUUACUGCCGACAGUGUACUCAGGAGCAACUAAAUAUUGCUGACUCCAAAACCACGACUACCACUACUGAACCUACCACUGUUACAACGACAGGACCCCCGACAACCCCUCCCCCUUGUAUUGACAAAGUAAACGCUUGUGAGAACUAUGGAAAAGAAGUCUGUAAUAAUCCGGACUAUGCCCCAUGGGUGCUCGAUAAUUGUCGCUACUUCUGUCGAAAGUGCCUGCCCGACCAAUUGGUUAUCGCAGACUCAAAAACAACUACUACCCCUCGCCCUCCUUGUGAAGACAGAAUAAAUAACUGUGAAAGAUACCCCAAAAGCGUAUGUAGUGACCCGAAAUAUGCUUCCUGGGCCACGGACAACUGCCGCUAUUACUGUCGAAAGUGUACUCAGGAGGAACUGAUUAUCGCAGACUCAAAAACUACGACUACUACCACAACACCAAAACCCUGUGUGGAUAAAUUGCCUAACUGCAAACGAUACAGUACUGAUUCUUGUACUAACUACCGUUCCUGGGCUGAAGUGAACUGUCCAGCUUAUUGCCAGUUCUGCACACCAUCUGGCUUCGUCACAAUUCCUACCGAGCCAGGCUUUAUUGCGAUUCCUAUAUCCGCGCUUGAUGUGAUCAGGGCUGCUCCUGUCAGAAAACCCGUGUCACACGUGAAUAGUGAACUGGUUUCUGCGAUCUUCUGAGGAAGAGAUCAUCACAACGGUCCAGGGUCAAAUUACAUCAACCGGACCGAAAGCCCUCUCUUUAAGGAGGAAAACAUUUACAUGUUUGGAACGUCAUACAAAAAUUUAAUAAUGGAAUAGUUUUCUGAAAUAAAUUAAUAAUUUACCAAUUCAUUUGCAUAUAUGUAAA